AUGGCUCCGCGCGUGUGCAUCAUCGGAGCGGGUCCAGCCGGCCUCACAACCCUCAAGCAGCUGCAGGAUGUCGGCGUCACCGACAUCGACUGCUUUGAGAAGGACUGCAGCAUCGGAGGUCUCUUCAACUAUGGCCCCAACAAGACCGGCGUGUAUGACAACUGUGUGCUGACCAUCAGCAACUAUUUGAUGGCCUUCUCGGAUAUGCCUCCCACAGGGCACCGGUAUCACUGGCAUCACUCAGAGUACCGCAGGUAUUUGGAGGAGUACAGCCAGAGGUUCAAGUUGGAAAGGUACAUCUCCUUCAACACUACUGUGGUCUCCGUCGAAGGAGGACCAGGUCGUUGGCAAGUGCUGGUGCAGGAUGCCGCGGGGCAUCAAGUGGACAAGGGCAUCUACGACGCUGUGGCCAUUUGCUCUGGUGCUCACCAAGCUAUCCACAAGCCCAAUCUUCCUGGACUUGAAGACUUUCAGGGCGAGGUGAUUCACAGUAACUACUACAAGAACAAUGAGCCCUUCAGGAACAAGAAAUGCGUGGUGGUGGGCCUGGGCGAGAGCGGUGCGGACAUCGUGCGCGAGAUUUCGGAGGUGGCCAAGUCGACGGUCUUGGCUCUACGAAGUUUCCCAUAUUUGAUCCCUCGUUUGGCCCGACCUUUCCACGAAAACCCCUUGGGCUGUUCAUCGGACGCCUUCACGUCCCAUCUUCGACACGACUACUUGUUGGUUCCACUGCAACACUAUCGAAGGUUUUUCACGAACGUGUCCACGGAUGAGAAUUGGUGUUUACUGCAUGCACCACAGCAGGUGACCAUGAACAAGGAAGCCUACGCAGACUGCUUUCGUGAAACUUCGAAAUUUCUACACGAGCUGCUGAGUGCGUUUGGCUAUGCUCCCGUUUGCAAUGCUUGUCCAGGACAAGAUAGCAGGGCUGGCUACGUGGCGCAUGUCUGUGGAACCAACCAUUUCAAGUUCCUGUGGAACAAUUUGAACAAUGUGUCCAAAGAGACGGCCAGACUUAACGGUCAAACUACUGAGAGGUAUUGGCAAUCUUGGGCUUUCGUCUUGGGGGAGGUGAGAAUCAACUACCUCACCGGCGAGCUGCAAGCGCGACGGCAAAAGUCGUACCUGGGAAUCAAUGUGAUGAGAGCAGAGGAUCUUCCAGACACAGGAGUGUGGUACUGCGUGGGCACCCAAGUGGCGUGUGAACUCUGGAAAGAUCAGCCUGGGGAUCAGCACUGGACUGACCAAUGGCCGACGACCAACGGCGGCAAACCCCGCUGGAAGGCAAUGAUGCAACGGCCGGCUGAAAGGUUGAUCGCGCUUCUGGAAGCCCACGGAAUUACUGAGCAUUGCUGCCCCAUUUGUCCAAGUGGCCAUUCCUUGUGGGCCAAUACCCUGGUGGGCCCUGUGCAUUAUCAGAAUCUGCACCGUCGUGGCCAUCUGGAGGAUUCCGUCCGCUGGCAAAGUUGGGAUUUGCCAGACUUGCAUCGCUCCAAGAUGGUCGGCAGGUUGAUGUUCGAUCACCUCUCCGGGCUCAUCAUGAUGCUGCGAAGCGAUGGCCCACCGAGCCCUGAGAGGAUCUACCCCAUCGCCGCGAUUUCCAGGGUGCUGGUCCCAUAUACCCUGCAGAUGACCGGGGCAAAUCCAGCACCCAGGCGGCGCACGGAGCGAUGUGCCUUUCAAGCUGGUGUGGCGUGGGCGAAGUGCCCCAAAGUGCUGGAGCAAGGCCACAUGAAUGUGGCAUGGGGAAUGUGCUCCCAAGUGGAGCAAGGCCACAUGGGUGCGGCAUGGGCGAAGUGCCCCCAAGCACUGGAGCAAGGCCACGUGGCAUGGGCGAAGUGCCCCCAAGUGGAGCAAUGCCGCAAGGGUGUGGCGUGGGCGAAGUGCCCCAAAGUGCUGGAGCAAGGCCACAUGAAUGUGGCAUGGGGAAUGUGCUCCCAAGUGGAGCAAGGCCACAUGGGUGCGGCAUGGGCGAAGUGCCCCCAAGCACUGGAGCAAGGCCACAUGGCAUGGGCGAAGUACCCCCAAGUGGAGCAAUGCCGCAAGGGUGUGGCGUGGGCGAAGUGCCUCCAAGCGCUGGAGCAAUGCCAAAUGUGUGCGGCAUGGGCGAAGUGCCCCCAAGCACUGGAGCAAGGCCACGUGGCAUGGGCGAAGUACCCCCAAGUGGAGCAAUGCCGCAAGGGUGUGGCGUGGGCGAAGUGCCUCCAAGCGCUAGAGCAAUGCCAAAUGGGUGCGGCAUGGGCGAAGUACCCCAAAUACACGGAUCCCGCCACAGGGAAAUCAUGGUGGUACGAUCUGGUGACAGGUGAGGCGGUUUGGAGUCGACCCAAGGGCUUCAUCAUAGUCAACAACCAGGCCUAG